AUCCGAGGUCUGCUCGGCCAAUUCCCGGCCAUGGGCGAGACAAAAAAGAAAUGAAAGAAUAGUCUUCCCUCUCGCAACCCAUUUGGGUAGCACCAACAGAAAAUUUCUGAGUUUGUCAAAAAAAAAAACAGAAAAUUUCUGCAGUCACCUCUCAUCUUCCGUUCGUUCCGGAUCACGAGUCUCCAAACCCAAACCCCAGAGGAGGCAGGAGGAUCCAGCGCGGCGAUGGGGGAGGCGGACGCGAGCACCGGCGGCGGGGAUCCGCAGAAGCUGAAGCGGAUCGCGGCGGGAGCGUACGACUACGAGAACGACGCGCGGUGGGCGGGGUACUGGUCCAACGUCCUCGUCCCGCCCCACCUCGCCUCCCGCCCCGACGUCGUCGAUCACUUCAAGCGCAAGUUUUACCAGAGAUACAUCGACCCUGAUUUGGUGGUUGAGCCAAUGUCUUCCACAAGUUCGACUCAAUCCAACAGAUCAGCAGCAAGUUCUUCAUCUACACCAUCCAGUGAGAAUUCCCGAGCUCAUGACACAGGAUCUAGUGUGAGAUCAGCUGGUGCAUCUCAACCACCACCAACAGAAAGGACAGGAAACUCUUUACGGUUUGAUGGACGAACCAUACAUUUCUCUAUCAAUGCUUGGGUAUUGAUUGUUGCUAGUCUUGGAAUCCUUCCAAUUCUACCGAAAGAUGUCGCAAGCAAAGCAUAUAGACUUUCGUUGCUAGGAACAAUAUGCUCGUCAGCAUAUUCUUUAUACUGCACUUAUGGGAAACCAAGAGCAUGGAACAUGCCUGCAAUUCAGCCUUGGCUGCAGUCUAUAAUUGUAGCCAAGGACUUUGUUCAUUUGAUGUUCUCUCUUAUGAUGUUCACCUCAAAUGUACGCUUUAAGAUUGUUCUACUUCCUGUGCUUUGCUGGGCACUUGAUCAUGUUGCUAGAUUCCUGAGGCGUAAUUUUGCACACUCCUCUUUCUACAGGAGGUACAUGGAGGAGCCUUGUUUGUGGGUGGAGACAAACAACACUACAAUCAGCCUCCUUUGUUCAAAUGCUGAAAUUACCCUUGGCUUUCUUAUGAUCGUAUCACUUUUCUCGUGGAAACGCAACAUAAUUCAGACAUUCAUGUACUUUCAUCUGCUGAAGUUGAUGUACCAUGCUCCUGUAACAUCGGGUUAUCAUCAGAGUGUGUGGGCGAGAAUUGGCCGGGCUGUAAACCCUCACAUUCAUCGGUACACGCCAGUUCUCAACACGCCAAUUUCAGCAGUCCAAAGAUGGUGGCUGAGAUAGAAGGCAUGGAUGGUGCCACGCCUAUGUAUCCCUUGAUCCCCUCUACAUAUAGAGUAUCUGCUACAGUGGGUUUCCCUCGUCAUCGUUCCGUUAAGAACAUACUACACGUCACUUGCACAUCGUUCUAUUGUUUUCAUACCCUCAUUUCACGUCUUACUGAGCUACUCAACGGAUGGCACAGCAUAAAUUUUUCUGUGCAAGCAGUAGGUUUUGAGCGGUCUGUCCAUA